GUGGAUUUUGCGCUGAAGGUGGUCCAGUGGUCGGAAUCGGAGACAGUACGACUGCAGCUCUGGGACAUUGCAGGGCAGGAACGCUUCACAUCCAUGACCCGGCUGUACUACAGGGAGGCAUCAGCCUGCAUCAUCAUGUUUGAUGUCACCAACGUCAGCACGUUCAGCAACAGCCAGAAGUGGAAGCAGGAUCUGGACAGCAAGCUGAUGCUGCCAGAUGGGAACCCCGUGCCUUGCCUGCUGCUGGCCAACAAGUGUGACCUUUCCCCAUGGGCAGUGACAAGAGACGAAGUGGAUCGGUUCAGCAAAGAAAACGGCUUUUCCGGUUGGGUGGAGACGUCUGUCAAGGAAAACAAGAAUAUCAAUGAGUCCAUGAGAGUCCUGAUUGAAAAGAUGAUGUCCUCAUCCACCGGUGAUGGAAGCUCCUCUGCUGCUGGGAGUGGGGAUUAUAUUAACAUAAAAGAGACCGCCCCGCCAGGCUGGGCGUGCUGUUAG